AUAACUUACCCCCAGCGGAGAUCCGUUCGUCUUCGCUCGCUCCAACUCCAGCGCUCGACUUUACGUCGCAAUCGGGAAGCGAAUUUCUUCCCCCUAAACUGUUAUUAUAGAAUCUUUUGUAUUCUAUACUGCUUAGGCAGUCAGCUAGUUACAAUUUCGCCUCACAAAGAAAAAGAAAAUCAGGACCCAAGGCAGAAAUUUCCGGGGAAAAGUUCCAAACAACCCUGGAGUCAUCAAUGCAUUGUAUCCAUCACAUGCGACACUGGCUGGAGUGGUAUUCCUGACGUCCGUUUCGAUGAAGCUUCUUCCAUUGACGGGGACGGGGGUGGGGAGGAUUCAGAAGAUGAUAAUAUAUCAUUCUACACACUCUUUUUAGGUAAAGAAGACGACCUGAAAGAGUGCUCCCCACCCCAUCAAAUUCAGUUCUUCUGUUUUCAUCUCAAGACUGGUGACCAUGAGGUUGCAGAAUGGUCUGCGGCCCAUACGAAAAACUGCCUUUAUGUCCAGGUGCCAGAGGGGGAAAUCCCACAAGGCAGCAAAGAGUGCUUCAUCUCCCUGUUGGAGUAUGCUGAGGAGAAGCUUGAAUGCUCCCAUGUCUUUAUUUGUCUGAGGAAGGCCAGGGAAGACAGAGUGCCAUUGAUGCGAACCUUCAUGUUCAUGGGCUUUGAGACAGUUGUACCAGGGCACUUUCUCUGUCCAAAGAACGAAGACUACAUAUUCAUGGCCUACACCAUUGAGUAAUUCUACAGGUUGACUAUACAUGGCUUAAUUCAGUACUGGCUGACUUCUAUGAUGUGACUAGGAAGAUAAAAUGCUGUAAAUCAUGAAUAACUUGUUAUAUUCACUUGAUUGCACACCGUUAAUCACAUUCUAGAAAAAUGUGAACUGCAUUAUUGAAUUGUGUGUUGUAAAUGUUGUAAAUGGUAUUUGUGAUAUUUCUGUAAAGAGUUUAUUGGUUGUUGUAUAUGUUUUAUCUUUUAUUUGUUUUUAUAUGUUGCUUAAAAAAAGGACAUUUUUCACAAGUUUUGUUCAACAAACUAACAAAACCUGUGAAAACGUGUAGUCGUUAUUCUCCCUGUGUUAUGGUUGCUAGUGAAGUUAUAUAGGUGUAACAUGUGAAAUAUAUAUUCACUGGUUUGUUUCAAUGAUAUAUAUUCUCUAAGUUAUAUCCGUAAUGGAUUACUAGACAGGAUUGGUAACAAUCUACAUAUGUUGUAGGUAGGUCAAUAUCAAAUUUCAAUAAAUCUACUGGUUUGUGUA